UCGUCAGUGUAAUUUCUUAUUUCAUAAAAGCUAGCACUUUUUUGAAUCUCAAAAAAACUCGCUUUUUGUUUUCUCAACAUUCUUAAAAAAACGUAUAUGUUUAAAUACUUUAUACGAAAAAUCAAAGGAAAAUAUUAGUUAAUUCGUUAAUUAUAAAAUGUUUUGUGAUACUAAAAGUUGUAUUUUAAUUAAAUAAGAAUAAAACUUGGGAAGCUUACUGUAGAAAGAAAAAGUUACGAAUUAUACAUUAAAGAAGGUGAUGUGAUGGCGUCUCCGUCCAAGCAUAGAAUGAAGAGGCAAUCGUGGUAUAUUCGGCUUAUGCACAAGAGAUUGCCUAUCACGAAAUGGCUGCCCGAAUAUAAUUCCCAGAAAGCCCUGGCCGACGUUAUUGCCGGUAUUACAGUGGGACUAACAGUAAUUCCACAGGCUCUAGCUUAUGCGACGCUGGCUGGAUUACCACCUCAGUAUGGCCUCUAUUCAUCGUUUGUGGGUUGUUUCAUGUAUAUUGUGUUAGGUUCUUGCAAGGAUAUAACCCUGGGACCAACUGCAUUACUUGCUCUAAUGACGUAUGAACAGAUACAAGGUCGCAACUUCGAUUAUGCCGUCCUACUGUGCUUCCUUACUGGCAUUGUGCAGCUCAUCAUGGGAUUAUUACAUCUAGGUGUUUUAAUAGAUUUCAUCUCUGUGCCCGUAACGGUCGGUUUCACAUCGGCGACUUCAGUCAUAAUAGCCGUGUCACAACUCAAGGGCUUGUUAGGUCUGCAGUUCAAGUCCAGAGGAUUCAUAGAUACAGUCAAGAAGGUGAUUGUGAACAUUCCGAACGCGAAACUAGCCGACAGCCUUCUGGGGCUGACUUGUAUAGUCAUACUACUUUUAAUGAGAAAAAUCAAGGAUCUAGACUUGCCUCCUCAUAGAAGAGGCCUCAAAAGAGCUGUAUGGCUGUUCUCUACGUCGAGGAAUGCAAUAGUCGUUCUAGUCUGCUCGAUAAUGGCAUUUAUAUGGGAAAAUAAUUCGGAAUCACCAUUCAAACUUACUGGCACUGUUAAAGAAGGUCUACCGCCACUCAGUCUACCCCCAUUUGGCACAAUGGUGGAUGGGAGGAAUGUGACCUUGCUGGAGAUGUGUGCGGAUCUGGGAUCAUCCAUUGUUCUGGUUCCCAUCAUUGGAGUGCUGGGGAAUGUCGCUAUUGCAAAAGCUUUUGCAAGCGGUGAAUCGGUUGACGCGACGCAGGAGUUGAUAACGCUCUCGUUCGCGAACAUUCUCGGAUCGUUCCUUAGUGCGAUGCCGAUCACUGGAUCAUUCUCCCGUAGCGCUGUCAACCACGCCAGUGGAGUCGCUACACAAUUUGGAAGUCUUUAUACAGGUAUAUUGGUACUACUAGCCCUAAGUCUUCUUACUCCAUACUUCUAUUUCAUUCCGAAGGCAUCGCUGGCUGCCGUCAUCAUUUGCGCUGUGAUAUUUAUGAUUGAGUAUGAGGUAGUGAAACCAAUGUGGCGUUCGCGUCGUGCGGACUUAGUGCCCGCUUUUGCGACGUUCGCCCUUUGCCUUGUAGUGGGUGUGGAAUUGGGGAUCGUAGCUGGGGUUCUACUCAAUGUGAUACUGCUACUCUACCCCAGUGCCAGGCCGCAGUUGGAAGCCGAAAUUGUUACGAAUCACUACGGCCUGAAUUACCUCCUAAUAACGGUCGGUAAUAGCCUCUACUUCCCGGGCGUGGAAUACAUUCGUCAGUAUGUAACGAGAGCUGCGAGCAAACAGUCCGGGAACGUGCCCGUUGUUAUCGACUGCAGAUACGUAUUGGGGGCAGACUUCACAGCUGCCAAAGGGCUGUGUGCAUUAUCAAACUCGCUAUCUGCUCGUGGCCAGCCAUUGUUGCUUCUUUCGCCUCGUGCUAGUGUCGCCUCAGUGUUCAGUGGAGCGGGGUCCAGCGUGCUCGUAGUACUUAACGCUAACGAGCUGGAUGUUACACUGCAAGAAUUAACAGGGCAAAUUGCCCUCCCCGUAAUCCCGGAUGAGCCAAAACGUCCAUACACGUCAUUGAAGCAAGAUGAGUCACUAGAAGUCAUCGUAGCUGAUGAAAACGCGUCGCCAUUACUAACCACAGUGUAUAGAAAGAAAAUCAGUGAGGUAGAUGACACAUAAUCACAGUGUAUUUAGUUCAGUAAAGUUUUGUAGAGGAUUUUUUAUAGAUUUAUAAGAAGUUGUGUAGUCAAAUCAGUGAGCCACAGUGCACCACAGUAUAAAAAUAAGUUACCAUAGACAAUUGCACAAGAAUACUGGUAAUAAGCUUUACAGUGCUUACAAUAACCCUUUAGAGCUUAAACAAUUGUUAUACCAGUGAUUUUAUAGUUUUUAUCAUAUCGCAUUUAAAAAAUUAUAUAUAUCUGACGGAUAUAAAAACAUGACGCCAUAUCUGUAUGUCAUGUUAUUUCAAAAGAUUCUUGCAAUGUUGAGUUUUUGUAUAACUAUUAUAAUAAUGAACCUUCGGCUAUUCCGGCCUUUGCCCUUUGCCUUUUAUAGCACUAUUUGUAUUUUUAGCUUAUACAUUUUUUAUUUAACAAUGACAUGAAUUUUUUGUAUCAUUUCUAGAAUUUAUAACGGUAAGCUAAAAAUAGUUCCUAGCACCUACAGUACCUAUAUUUUUAAGUCUAAUUAUUAAACGUGGUAUCUGUUAUUAUGGUUACAGAUGUUUAUGUGAAAACCAUAGUAACAAAAAUCUUCUACCCGCGUAAAGAUGUAAUGGUCUUAUUCAUAAACGUAUUAGGAUUGAUUACUUAAAGAAUAUUUUGUCCAUAUAUUACCGAAUUGGUGUGAAAGAAAAAAUAUUCUUCUUUGAUAAGUAAAUUUUUGAGUGAGUGUAAAUUCCAUAUUCUAAUUGGUAUAGAGUCACUAUUUAGUCUUAAAUGCUCUCAAAUUUGGGAAACUUCAUAGGAAAAGUGGUUUUACUCUAGGUUAAAGGCUUAAAAUAUUAAGAUAACCGUUUUUAGAUAGAACAAUGAGAAACAAUACUGCUAAGAAAAUUUUCCAAAUUGAUAAUUGAGAAGCGUAUAAAUCACAAUUUUAGUGUCUCUGCCUUUCUCUUACGUACACGUUAAGCCGGGUGUUAUAUCAUUAAAAACUCGAAUAAAUAACCGAAACAAAUUAAAAUAUAUUAAAUUUAGAAAGCUCUCUAUGUCCUUAAUUCAUAAUUCAAUCAAAUUGCCUAUUAAUAAAAAUUAACUUAUUCUGUGCAGGCAUGACUAUUGCGAGUCGAAUUAAUGUGACAAUAGUGGCUUUAAGCUGUCUUUCAUUAAUGUUUAAUAUUCAUUAAUGGUUAUCUUAGAUCAGCAUUUUUUUGCAAUAUAUUUUUUAUUUUUACAUACUUAAUUGAGGGGAAGGGAUAUCGCUGUGUUACUGCCGUGCCUCAAAUCACGCAUAGACAUGUUUUUUCCUCUCAAUCUAACGAAUCUCUUGAGAAACUAGUGAUUUAAACGUCUAAGCUGUGACUUUAGUUUUCGGAAUUUAUCUUAAUUGAUAAUCACACGAUUCAACUUCUAAAUAAAUCAAAUAACAAUAAAACAUAAAUCGUUUUAUAUAUAAAACAUCUUAUAUUAAAAUCAUCGCCGCUAAUUUGUCCGUUGCGAUCUGAGAGUCAAAUGAAUGUAAUUAUAAUCAAGAACACAUUCAUCAUCUAGAUAAUUUGUUUUAAAAUGUUAAGCACAAUAUUCGUAUAUAUAUUUGUAUACUAUAUAACUACCAGUUUGUAUUAAUUAUGUACUUAAUUUGUUCUCUCUUAUGUGUUUUGUGCAAUUGUUUUUACCAU